AUGGCGGGAUCCCGGCUCCAUCCGCCUCUUUCUGUGCCCACAGGACCUCAGCCGGGGCUGUGCUGUGGCACGUGCCGGGUCACCGCGGCGCUGCCGCCCCAGGGACCCCUAUGGGGAGCCUGGUCCAGCCCCUCCGGCUGCUGGGACCCCCGCGAGGGCUGCGCCGGCCUCGCUCUGCCGUACCCGUGUCACCGCGCGCGGCCCGCGCGCUCCAUGGAGAGCCUCAGCAGCGCCGCGUCCUCCGCAGCCGACUCGACCCCCAGCGCCGGGAGCCCCCCGGCCCCGCGGUGCCCCGGCGCGGAGGCGCCGGCGGAGGAGACCCUCAGCACCGCGCUGGCGUCGUGCCGGGUCAGCGCCAGCGCCAGCGCUGCCAUCGACCGCCGCUCCUUCAUCGCCACCGGGCUGGCCGCCGAGCUGCUGGAGGAGCUGCUGAGCCGGCGGCUGCCGGCGCCGGAGCCGGAGCAGGAUGACGGUGGCCCUGAGGAGCGGUGCUGCGCCACCGGCACCGUCACCACGUCCCCGUCGCUGGAGAGGCUGCGCCGGCACAACCAGGGCUUCCAGCGCGCCAUGGAGAGCUUCCGGGAGCCGGCGUGGGUGCCGCUGGAGGCUCCCGCGUGCCCCGGGCAGCGCCGGCGCCAGGCCCAGCCCUGCGGCCGCUUCUGCCGUGACACCGCCUGGCACGCGGCCCACGGCUGCUGCGCCCGCGUGGAGCCGGUGCCGGGCGCCGGGCACCAGCGUGGGCCCAACCCCGGCCCCGCGGCACCGACCCGCAGCGAAACCUCCUGCGCGCAGCAGCGCCACAAGCACCGCGGCUGCCCCCGGGACGCGCAGCCGGCACCCGGCACCGGCACCGCCAUCGGCAGCCACGAGCCACGGCAGUGCCGGCGCGGCACCGCGGCUGCGGCCAAGGCGGGCAGAGAGCCCCCGUGGGAGCCAGAGCUCAGCCGGCAGCCCUAUGGCCAGGAGGGCCUCGCUGUGUCGCUGCGGUGCCGCGAUGCAGAACCGGAGCCGGCGCCGGGCUGCGGCUGCGGUUGUGUCCUGGGCCCGAGGAGCCAUCCCCCGGACACGGGCUGGGUGCAGCAGGAGUGGGACGUGCCGGUGCCGGAGAGCUGCUGCCGGGAGCUGUGCGCCCCCGGCGCCACCAACAUGGUGCGGGUCAUCGCCAGGACCUUCGAGCUGCGGGCGCAGCAGGACCCGCGUGUGCCGCCGGUGGAGCGCGGUGCUGCCGCGGCGCUGGUGCCCGCACAGAGCCGGCGCAGCAAGGCCGGGGCCCGCAAUGGCGCCCGGCGCGGGGCCCGCUCCUGAAUAAAGCCCCGAUGGUGGCUGAGCCCGGUGCCGGGGCCGGUGUCAGUGUCA